CAUCAUACCACACGGCCUCUUAUAUUGAUUAUUUCAAAUGUAGAUUUGGCUGUAUUUGGCAAAGGACUUAAAUAAAUGUGCAAUCUCAACAAAGGCAGUGGAGCAGCAGACAAAGCCAUCCUGUCUGCUGCUGCUUCUGUCUUUAGCAUUAGCAACACGAUAGGCCCUUUCCUUGGUCACAGCUUACAUUUAACUGAGGGACGUAAAAACAACUUUGAUACUUAUCAAUGCCCACAAGUAGCGUCACUGAAAUCUACUUCCAGCUUCGGACCAGUUUACACUACUGUAGUUGCAAAGGUGAAAUAGGCACACAGUUUUUGCAUGCGCUUCGAGUCCUCCCUCUUGUGGUCAAAACCAUGCGCUUGCCUCCUGUCCGUAGAUGGUAUCUCUCUCUGCCUUUAGGUUAACUUGCUGGCACUUGCUUUUUCCCUGCCUUUCUUCCAAGUUGGUCCUUACAUACAGAAAACUUGACAGGGUUUGUAUCAACCUAUGAGUUUCCUUUAUCUGAUAUUGGGGAAAACGAAACUUUAACUGGACGCUCAUAAGUAAGAUGCUUUGGUCUCUUGACUUACUAAUUUCUAAAUAAUUUUGUUUUGUUUUAAAAGAUAGUGAUAGUGCUCCUGUACGGUUGCAGUAAGUAGGCAAUUGGGAGGCACAAGCAUAGUCCAUGAGCUGAAAUUCUGGAAUCUGAGUAAAUCUGCUGGGUAGUCCAGCUAGAAGGCAGUUGUGAGAAGAACUGAGUCUAUAAUUCCAUUCUUCUAGGAAUAGUCAUUCCUGAGAAACCCAGACUGAGAAUUGUUGAGAGAGCGCCAAAUUUGCCUAAGGUUAGGCGAGAGUUUAAGAAUUUGCGUGACAUCCGAGGUCCUUCUACAGAAGCCACAGAAUUUACUGAAGGACAAUAUGGUAUUUUGGCUAUGAGUGGUGGCUAUCUCCGCUGGACUCACUUUGAAAUGAUGCGCCUGAGUAUUAACCGGCACAUGAAUUCCAAGACAAUGUUUGCUGUGUGGAGAGUCCCUGCUCCAUACAAGCCCAUUACCCGGAAAGGACUAGGACACCGCAUGGGUGGUGGGAAAGGUGCAAUUGACCACUAUGUUUCCGCAGUGAAAACAGGUCGACUCAUAGUGGAAAUUGGUGGGCACUGUGAGUUUGCUGAAGUGAAACACUUCCUAACUCAAGUGGCCAAGAAGUUGCCUUUCCAAGCCCAAGCAGUCAGCAAGCAAACCCUUCAAGAGAUGCGGGACAGAGAAGAGGAGAGGCAGCGUAAUAACCAGAAUCCAUGGACGUUUGAGCGCAUUGUUACCGCCAAUAUGCUGGGAAUACGGAAAUAUCUGAGCCCCUAUGACUUACAAUACAAGGGUCGCUACUGGGGCAGGUUCUACCUGCCCGACAGGGUAUGAGCGAAGACUUGUGGAACCUGAUUUGCUCCAGCAAUUCUUUGGAAACCUUGUCUUUCUCAACAGAAGAUAUUUGUGGGUGAAGCAACAAGUGAGUGGCUCUAUAUGUGAAAGUCUGAUAAAUAUGGAGGGUGAUGGAGUGGUGAUGAUGAUGUAGAACUUGGGAUCCAUCAACUCAGCAUGGAAGCUUGCUACAGUGUUUGACAUUUAGACCAAGAUCACCUGGCCUUGGAUUAAUCUGACAAAUUCCAAUGCAUCUUUGAAUUGGGAAGAACAGCGGAGACAGAAUUCCCAAAGUCUGGUUUAAAUAUUUGAAUGCCUAAUGACUUUGGUAAAGAAAUUAUCUUCCAUGAUUCCUUUUAAGGCUGGAGGCAUUUUUCCUGUAAGCCAGAUAUAGGCCACUGGUCAGGGGGCACACUGGGCAUUUUGGAACAUUUUAUGGGAAUUAUUUCCUAUUCACAAAAUGGCUGCUCUUUCCCAAAAUAAUAUUUUUCAGAAAGCAAACCAGUGAAAUCACCCCCCAGCCUUCUAGUAUACCCUUGUCUUUGGGCAAGUGUGC